AUGGCAUCUUUACCACUUCCCCGAGUGGAGUCCCUCGUGGACUAUACUUCCUUUCAGCUCACAGUUCUGCCUUACCUCGAACAGCUGCGAUACCUUCCCGACAGCUUGCGCGAAGCUGGCCGGGAUGUCGAUAACCUGAAAGCUGUCUACCUCGCCACCAACCCUCUGGUCUCCGCGGUUGCUUUCGGUGGAGUUCUCGCAGCUUUGUUCUUCAUCGCCGCCGAGAUCAACCGAAACUAUUCGCAGGUGGACCGGUUUUGGAGCAUUCUCCCCGCGUUGUACAACGUGCAUUUCGCCAUUUGGGCUCGUUUGUCGGGCAUCCAAACGACAACCCUGGAUACGAUCGCCAUCAUCAGCGUGGUCUGGAGUGCUCGCUUGACUUUCAACUACUGGCGCAAAGGAGGAUACUCGAUUGGCUCGGAGGACUACCGCUGGCAGAUCGUGCGCUCCAGAGUGAACAACAGCUUCCUGUUCAUGAUCUUCAACUUCAGCUUCAUUGCUGUGGCCCAGUCGCUGUUGCUUUUCCUCAUUACUGCUCCCACCUACAUCUUUGUCCUGAAGGCGUACAACGAGACCGGCGAGACCUUCAGCCUCACCGACCUGGCAUUCUCCCGUGCCGCAUUCUUCUUCAUUGUCAUUGAAUUUUUCGCCGACCAGCAGCAGUGGAACUUCCAGACUGCCAAGCAGGAGUACCAGACCAACGCGCGCAUCCCCGGUGAAUACAAGGGCCAGUUCGACGCCGAGGAUCUCGAGCGGGGCUUUGUUGUCAACGGUCUCUGGUCUUGGUCCCGUCACCCCAACUUUGUCGCCGAGCAAGCCGUUUGGGUGACCCUGUACGCUUGGUCUUGCUACAACACUAAGACCUACUUCCACUGGGCCGCUCUGGGUGUCCUAGGCUACCUUGCCAUUUUCCAGGGAAGCACCCGUCUCACUGAAACUAUCAGCGCCAGCAAGUAUCCCGAGUACAAGGACUACCAAGCCCGCGUUGGUCGCUUCCUUCCUCGCUUCUCUGUUGAGGCGAAGAAGACCAAGCGUGCCAGCAAGAAGGACGAGUAA